AUGUCGGAAACAAAAACUAAUGCUAAGUGGGAUGAUGAUGCUCAUCUCAAAUUUAUAGAGUUAUGUGAAUUAGAGAUUAGAAAAGGAAAUAGACCAAACACUCAUUUAUCUAGAGAUGGAUGGAAAAAUACGAUUAAAGCAUUCUAUGAAAAAACGGGAAGACGCUAUAAAAAAAAACAAAUGAAAAAUCAUUGGGAUGGCAUGAAAGCUGAGUGGACUCUUUUUAAGCAAUUGAUGAGAGGAGAUACAAGUAUAGGAUGGGAUGCCACCAAAAAUACAAUUAUGGCAGAUGAUGAUUGGUGGAAGCGAAAAAUUAAGGAGGAUGUUCGAUAUAGAAAAUUUAGGAAUAAGGAUCUUUCACUCAUAUGGUUUCGCUAUGAUGCGUUAUUUUCUGAUAUUGUUGCUACGGGGGAAAUAGCACGUGCCUCAAAUCAAUCCCAAUUUUUUGAAACUGAGGUAGAUUCUGACGAAGAAAGACCAAAUGGUAUUGAUAAUGAUGAUAUGGAGCACUUCAUUAAUUCUAAUAAUGAAGGGCGUGAUGAAAGUGAUGAUCCACAAGACAUGGAUUCUACUAUGUUUCCUAUACCAUCAUUAAAAAGACCAAAUCCAACUGAUGGUAUUGGAACUAGUAAUCAAGUGAAAAAAAGUAAGACAAAAUCUACAGCUGCAUCAAUGAAAGAAGAUAUGCACUCUUUAGUAGAGUUAAUGUCUAACAACAGUACUGCUACAUCUCAUGCGGUAGAUGAUCCCACCAUUGAUAAGUGUAUGGAUUUUUUGGCAAACAUUCUCGGUAUUUUUGAAAGGGGUGAAAUGUACAACUAUUUUGUGAACAUGUUUCUUAAAAAAAACAUUCGACAAGUGUUUCUUAAGAUGCCUACGGAUGAAGCUCGAAAGUCUUGGAUGGAGUAUAACUAUCAGUUAUACCUUAAGAAAGUGUGA